GAUUGGUACGAAUAAAUUGUUAUGUACCUAAUAUAUAUAUAGUAUAGACUACGUUAUAGCAGAGCCUAAUCCAUAAUCUUUAUGCCUACUUCACCAUGGUAACUCCAAAUACAGUGAAAUCUGUAUAAUCAAUACCAACUAGCAACCGCUUUAAAAUAAUGGCUGGCAAAAGUAAAGGUAAGAAAAAGGAGAAAAAAGAGAAAGCAGAUGCUGGUGAACCGAAAGCCAAGAAAGGCGGAAAGAAGGGAAAGUCAAAAGGGAAAUGUAAUAUGGACAUGUUAACUGACGCGGCGAUGGACAACGUCUAUUACGCGUGCCACAAUGUGCAGGAACUGCUCCAAGCCAGAGGAUUCCAUCCUCCGGACUUCAACAAGAAAAAGAAAAAGGGAAAGAGAUAAUUUUACUUAAGUAUUUCAUCGAAAUACGUCUCAUUAUUUUAUCAUUGUGUAUCUUAUUUGCAUUAGUUAGUUAUAGAUUUAUAAUCAUUGUAUAAUCAUUUCGUGUUCCAUUAUUUGACAUCAAUAAAAAUUGUAGCAAAAUUAAAGGCCUUACUGUUAUUCGUAUAAAGUAAUUAUCCAUUUCAUUUCUAGGACUGAACAUGUUUAGAGUCAUGAUAUUCCAUUGGAUGUUAAUUGGUCUUCAACAACGUUUUUAAUAUACAACACUGAAUCAUGAAACACUU